AUGCGAGAGCUCCUACUCCCUCGGGCACCUGCGGAAGUGUUAUCAUACGCGGAUAAUGUUACCUUCUUCUGCCGGUUCCAUCACAUCGAUCAGGCUGCGCAGCUCCUCUCUGAGUUCAUGCCUGAUGUCGUAAACUUCUUCAUCCACCACAGGAUGACGAUCUUGGCAGCCAAAUCGUCCGUCACUGUUUUCACGCUGGACCCGAAGGAGUUCAAUCGUCACCCGGCCAUCUUCGUCAACGGUGCGUCCUUAUCGCUCGUCCGUAAGCCCAAGCUUCUUGGCGUACAUUUCGAUCCGCUCUUCACAUUCGUGUACCAUGUCAGGGAGGUCGCAGGCAAAGUGGGCCACUGCACCUAG